AUGGGGAACCAAAUGGAGACACAAAGUAAAAUUAUAGUCACUGACUUCAUUGUUGAUCCUUCACAGGUGAAGCUAACGAAUUGGAUUUUUCAGCACCACCCAGAAACUGCAGUGAAAGUUAAACUGCAAAACCAAAAACUAAGAACAACGUACAUGAACCUUCUCUUUGGCGUCAUUCAGACACUUUACUACAAGUCUCCACAUGAUCUCUCCAAGUCGGAAAUAAGCAAGGAUUCCGAGAUUUUGUCUGAUCUGACUCAAGUCGGGAAGAACCGUCGUGCCUCUGAAGCUCGGAUCGGGGAACUUGAAAAACAAGUCAAGAAACUUGAGCUUAUGAUGUCUGAUGUCAAAACUGGGUUAGAAAAGGAGAAGGCCAAGUUGAAGAAUCCAUAG